AUGUCUCGCGAAGAACUUGUCCAGAAAGCGAAGAUCGCCGAGCAGGCCGAGAGGUACGAUGACAUGGCAGAAUCUAUGAAGAAGGUGACUGAGCUGCUAGGUGAGAGUGAGCUUCUUUCUACUGACGAGAGGAAUCUUUUGCCAGUUUCUUACAAGAAUGUUGUGGGUUCUGGAAGGGCGUCAUGGGGGGUUAUCUGCAGCAUUGAACAAAACCACACCGCUGAUCAGAAAAAAACGGACUUAGCCAAGGAAUACCGAGAAAAAAUUGAGGGUCAGUUGAAGGAUAUCUGCAACGAAGUUCUUGGCUUGCUUGAUAAGUUCCUCGUUCCCAACUCUGAGACCGAGCAGAAAAAAAUGAGGCCCUGA